GAAAUAGACCUUACAGGAGGUCAUUAACUGACCGAAACUUCGGCCCCUGGGAUUUUUCGGAAGACGUCUCAACUGCGUUUGUUUGUUCAUCUCGCACAGAGAAUGAUCUGGAAUCAGGUCCCGGUGCAAUAUUGUACUGAUGAAGAUAUCACCCCUAUUUCUAGAUCUUUCUAAAGUAAUGGUACAUUCCACACAACCCGGAAGUGCCGUACCAACAUGGCGGACAGUCACAACAAAAAGCAAGCAGUUGCAGUUGGACUUUCUGAGACUUCUCCGCCUCCCAGUACUACUGAAGGGUUGAAACAACACAAGGACGGAUCAGCAACGAGACAGCAGGACUCUGGUUACUACAGUCAGCAUCUCAGCAGGGGGGAGACUUCUGACACAGUCGAUGCAGUUCUUGAGAAGCCAACCUGUCAUUCUGAAGAAGGUGAAAGUUUACUGAGCAAAAGGGUCAGAAGGGAAGAAGAGGAGUUCUUAAGGUGGGCAACAACAACACAAGCCAGCAGGUGCCAGGACUAUGUCCAGCUGGAGGAGGGAGUGGUGUUUUCCAGGUUCAUAGUUACAAGCACAGGGAAGAGAGUGGAGAUCAUCCGACCAGACGGGAGUCACUACCGGCGGGGUGAGAGGUACAGCUCGUCAGCGGAGUGGGUGACAGGGGGGCUGCUGGGGGAGGGGGCCUAUGGAAAAGUGCACCUAUGUGAGGAUCUGGCAAAUGCCAUCAAAAAACAACAUGCAGUGAAAGAGACGAAGCUGCGUGAGUUUAAUCCAGUAGAAGCGGACUCGUGGUUGAGGCUGGGGUUCAGCCGCCAUGUUUGCGGUCUGAAUGCCGUCACGCUGCAGGACGGAGCCGUGUGGUGGCACAUGGAGCUCAUCAACCCCAGAGUUUCUCUGAAACAGCUUGUGGAGAUCCAUCAGCCCAAACCUCUUCACUGGCGGGAUGCUGUUACCAUAGCAACGGGAAUUUUCUCUGCCAUUGCGCACAUUCACAGCUACAGUGUCAAGCAUUGUGAUCUCCAUCCUGGAAAUGUGAUGCUGUGUAAAGACCUGCGUGUGAAGGUGAUUGACUUCUCCCUCCUGCAGCCUGCAGUAACUAACGAUGACUUCAGUCUGGAUGUGCAGAACGGACUGCAGCUCUUCCUGUACAUGGUCACGGCUAAGAGCUUCCGUUUCUCAUGGACAGAAGCUUUAGUACAGGAACAUGUUAAGGAUGAUAAAGUGUUGCCAUUGGUGCUAAAGAUGUUCCAACCAGUGACCAAUCAGACUGCUGCAGACAUUGCUAAGGAGUUUUCAGCCUGCAGAGUGAAAGGUGUUGAUGAAGCCGAUGGGAUCAGAAAGGAUGAUGCAGCUUCUGUGGACAGACAGGAUAUUGUCAGGGAGUCGUUUGCAACAGCAGUGAGUGAGGAUGAUGUGCUGACUGCAGUUCACAACCACAUCAGCCAGGGGGACUCGCUAGAUGAUAUCUUUGCUGCACUGCCAGAAGGUGGAAUGUUUACUGUUACAACAAAACAGCAGCAGGCACCGUGAGGAAACUGUCCUGUUCUGCCCUCAUGGAAGAGACAGAGAAGUGAGAUGGGCCUGUAACUCACGACCACACUACUGAGAUGGAUGUUUGGUGGAGUGAUAGAUAACAAUAGAAUUAAGCAGGACCUGGAACAUACUGGAAGACACCUCCGCACAUCAAGUUUUUUGUUGCAUUUUCUGGUACAGAACUUAAAGGUCUCAGGGUCCAAUAUCUUGCCAAACAGUAUGGUUCUGUCACUUAUGUGAGAUUCACAUGUGAGCUUGUGUUGGCUCUCAAUAAUAAAUGGAGCUGAUUUUAUGAGUUGUUUAAACUUUACAAGAUAGAAGUGUCUUGUAAUCCAGAUAUCAGUAUUCAGAGCACUGUGAGCUGAACCAAAGUCAAGACUGUCUCAAAGUCUUUUCUCUUUAUAUGCUUCAUUAGUUUUCAAAAAGGUUAAAAAGAAUGAAUGUUCCUCUUUACAAAGUUGAACAUAUUUUGAAGUAAAUGUCUGUGACACUUACACAGUGGUAUUAAAGAUAGAAGUGUCUUGUAAUCCAGAUAUCAGUAUUCAGAGCACUGUGAACUGAACCAAAGUUAAGACUGUCUCAAAGUCUUUUUAUGUCAUGACUUUUGAAAAGGUUAAAUUAAUUGAAUGUUGCUACUUAUAAAGUUGCACAUAUUUUGAAGUAAAUGUCUCUGGCACUCAU